AUGUUGUUCAAAGCUGGGAUAUUGAUUUUAAUGCUCUUCAUCGGGAGCUAUGCUUUCCCAGUCGAGGAUGAUUUGUCCAUUUACUUCGACCAUACCGAUGCGUCAGCUCGUAUCGUCGGUGGCACGACCGCGGACAUUGUCCCCCACAUGGUGGGUCUAGUUACUAGCCUUAUAGGCAGGACUCUAUUUUGCGGUGGAUCCCUUGUCUCAACCAGACACGUCCUGACAGCUGCUCAUUGCAUCGAACCUGUGCAGUAUCCUGGUGGCUUAAGUUCAACUCUGCGAGGUAUCGUAGGAACCAACCAUUUUAGCUACGGAGGAACUGAAAUUGUGUUCGCCCGAGCCAUUCUCCAUCCUGAUUUUAACUCACGUACCAUUAAAAAUGACAUUGGAAUCUUAGUCUCAAGCUUCAACAUUAGUCUUAGCAAUUCGAUCGGAUUGGUCAGUUUGAGCUAUGACUGGGUCGACCCUGGAGUCGCCACCUCCACUAGCGGAUGGGGAGCGACUAAAGCCGGAGGAAUGGUCUCUCUAGUCCUAUUGACUCUUCAUGCUCAAGUCGUUGAUGGAGAAAGUUGCAAAAACGACGUAGCUCGCAGAGCCGCCGAACUGGAAUUACGGAACGCACCCCUUGUAGACCCAUAUCUCGAGAUCUGUACUUUCCACUCUAAUCACCACGGAGUAUGCGGCGGUGACUCUGGCAGCGCUUUGAUACGUAAAGACAAUGGUCAACAAAUUGGUAUCGUAUCUUGGAGUAUCCCUUGUGCUCAAAACGCUCCCGAUAUGUUUGUAAGAGUUAGCACUUACAAGGACUGGCUUCAACAGAACCUUCAU